CUGGCGGGGAGGCGGCAUGAGGUGCGGGGAGCGGGACGAGCCGGCGCCGGGCCCCGCGCAGCGCUGAGCGCCUAGCACAGCCUGCCGCAGGCAUGACGAUGGCCGGGGGCCGGCGGGGGCUGGUGGCCCCCCAGAACACCUUCCUGGAGAACAUCGUGCGCCGCUCCAAUGAUACUAAUUUUGUCUUGGGCAAUGCCCAGAUAGUGGAUUGGCCCAUUGUGUACAGCAAUGAUGGAUUUUGCAAGCUAUCAGGCUAUCACAGAGCAGAAGUUAUGCAAAAGAGCAGCACCUGCAGUUUUAUGUAUGGAGAGCUGACAGACAAAGAUACAAUUGACAAGGUCCGGCAAACAUUUGAAAACUACGAGAUGAACUCCUUUGAAAUCUUGAUGUACAAAAAAAACAGGACACCUGUCUGGUUCUUUGUGAAAAUUGCUCCUAUUCGAAAUGAGCAGGAUAAAGUGGUUUUAUUUCUUUGCACUUUCAAUGACAUAACAGCUUUCAAACAGCCCAUUGAGGAUGAUUCAUGCAAAGGCUGGGGAAAAUUUGCUCGCUUGACACGAGCCCUCACAAGUAGCCGGGGCGUCCUGCAGCAGCUUGCUCCAAGUGUGCAGAAGGGAGAGAACGUUCACAAGCAUUCUCGACUUGCUGAGGUCCUCCAACUGGGCUCUGAAAUCCUUCCACAGUACAAGCAAGAGGCACCAAAGACCCCACCACAUAUCAUUUUACAUUAUUGUGUUUUCAAGACGACUUGGGACUGGAUCAUCCUGAUUUUAACCUUCUACACAGCUAUUUUAGUCCCUUACAAUGUCUCCUUUAAAACCAAACAGAACAACGUGGCCUGGCUGGUAGUGGACAGCAUUGUUGAUGUCAUUUUUUUGGUAGACAUUGUACUUAACUUCCAUACCACCUUUGUUGGACCAGCAGGAGAGGUCAUCUCGGAUCCUAAGUUGAUCCGCAUGAACUACCUGAAGACCUGGUUUGUGAUUGAUUUGCUUUCGUGCCUGCCAUAUGAUGUCAUCAAUGCCUUUGAGAAUGUUGAUGAGAUUGCUGAUGUUGGUACAAAGCCUUUGACAGAAGCUAGAACUCAUAAGAAGAACCUUGACAGGAUUUCCUUCAGAGAAUGCAGAUUCGUCAGAAGCAAAUGCUUUGUGUGAAAAUGUAUUUCGUUUGAAAUUUCUUUCAACAGAAAUGUCCCAACAAUGCUGUUUAUUUCUUUUGGACACUUGGAAGAAAAUGUUCUGACUUCUCAUUUUGAUUUAGACUCACCUUUUAAAUAUAAGAACAUGUAUAAGAACGUGAAGGGGGGGCAGGGGAAGGAUGGUUCAGUCUGUCUUAAACAAAAAAUCGCUCUCUGGAAUUUAACUAGCAACAAAGCUAAAGUUCAAAAUCUUGAAACUCUUCCUGGGACAGGAGCUUCUUGGGAACUUCUGUCCCAACCACAACUAUAUAUAGUAUCACCAUGCUGAAGCCUUAUUUAACUACAUGUAGGCUACAUGUAGUUAUGUAGGCUACAUGUACCUACAUAGAUGUCAGAGGUUGUAAGCUCUUCUAGUGAGGCACUUAACCCAGAGUAAUACACCUGUCUUUUCAUUUGGACUGUUUAGCACAGUAUCCCACCCAGGCUAAUGUGCCUAGACUGCUUCUGCAACCUGAUCUAGUAAUUCUAGUACCAAGGCAAUUGAGGCAUCUUUGGUUGUCUCUGCACAGUUCUGUGUUGUGUCAUGCAGAUAAGCACUUAUUUGUGGGUUAAUUUGAACAAACUGUUUUGGAUCUGAAUCAAAUGGCAGGAAAAUGUGGUAGAAUCUAAGCGUCUGUUUGCUUACAGUUGCAUUUAAGGUAGCUAGGAGUUCAAAUCUGACCAGUUGUAACUGCACUUUUUUGGGGGGGAAUAAAAUUGAAAACAAAGGACUAUGUCUCACCCCCUUUUAAAUGUCUUUGACAGUCAAAGCCCAUCUGUACACUUUCAGACAGGUGUUUAAAUCUUCAGAAUAAGGAAAAGGGUUUGCAAAUAACUCUUUGGGUUUGCAUGUGUGCAGUUAUUCACCUAUUAGUGUGUAUUGCCUUUUUGAUACUGUAUUGGCAACUGCUAGCUCUUCUUUUCUUUUCUUUUUUUAAUUAGGUCUUAUAUGCCUUGUACACACUUAAAACUUUGCACUUCAAGCAUAGGCUUGGUGUUAGUGAAGUAGAGAAUAAUAUGACACAAAUUAAGAAAGAAGCUAAUGUGUCCAUAAGGUGAAAAGACACUGCACUCAUGUGGAUUUUCAUCUUUCAUGGUGGUUGUUAGUAAAUAUGAAGGAAACUUGUCCCCUUGGGCUACUAUUGCUUUUCUCUAAAAAUUAUUCUGUUUUAGAGAAACACCAUUUCCCCCUCUCCCCUCUGAACAUGUUUAUUUGAACAGAAUUAACAAGAGUCUCUUGAGGUUGGCUUCUGUCGCUAAAGCAUCCAACAGUAACAAAUGACAUACAUCUUCUAGGAACAAGUAAAUGCGAUUAUGACAGAUUCAUGAAAUAAAGGGAAAAUGCAUUGCUCCAGUCACCGAAAACAUAUGUUAAUAUGUACAACAUAUUAUUAACUAAAUCACAUUUUCCACUGCAUUAAACAAGCCUAAACUAAAAAAUUGAAGCCAAUGAUAUUCAAGCAUGACUUAACAAACUUUCAUUUAAACAUUAUGACCAGAAGUAUGUAAUUAUGCAUUUCCAGAAUUACUCAUUAAAACAGAAGCUGCUUAUAAUUUGAUCUUAGCUUUUUGCUUAACAACAACAAAAAACAAAAGCAUAACUCACCAAAACCCCUUUUUAAUAGGAGACAAUUUCUGUAAAAAAACUUUCAGAUAUAUUGGUCCCCCUCAA